AUGGCUGUACCGAAGGUGGCCCCGUUCUACGGAAAUGCCCCCUUCAUACUGGAAACCGGCGACCUCACUUCAGCUAUCGCUUCAGGCCUCCUUCGACCGAACGUCUUCGUUCAGCAAACCGACCGAAAUCUAGAAAACUACGGCGUCGCCUACAGUCGCAAGGACAAUAUCGGUAUUGAGACUCAUGGUUCUCAAAAAGCCAUUCAAACUCGCUGUAAGGAAUUUGCUAAGUCUUGCGGAUUCCAGCUGAAGGUUGCGGGAUUCAGCAGUAAACACGGCGGUGGUAAUGCAAAGUACGUCUGCAAGAAAUUGAACGGUCAGCAGUUCUUCGACAAGGAAGCUGACCAAGGCGCCAUCAGUUGUCCCUUUUUCUUCAACGUCAGUGGAGUUGCCGGUGAAUGGAAGGUGAUAAGGGCCAAUUUCUGCCACAACCAUCUCAAGAACGUCGGGUUUUCUGGACGCCCUGUUGCUGAAGGGACCAUCGCUCGUCCUGACAAAGACCUGUGGAAUACAACACAGCAGGUCGACGAGAUGAUCCGCCUGGUCCGAUCCGAAAUGCUGAACAAGUAUGAAGGCAAAACGGACCGGAUGACUGGAGCUGCAAUCGCUAAGUUUCUUCUCGGGAAAGGAAUUUCGACAGGUCGGUCUUCAAUAAGCCGAAUUAAGCUAACCCUUGACGAGUUGAACCACGGCGAUCGAUUGACUAACUACCAAAACCUGGAAAGUUAUCUGAAGCUCAUGGCAGAAAAAAAAAUGCAGGCUCGGUCUGGAAAUUCGAGAAGAACUUUGAUGGAACUUUUCAGCGUGCCUGCUUCAUUCCAAGUAUCGGUAUUCGAGUGGCAAGAGCGGGUAGGCGUUUAUUUGCAGUCGACGGUGCUCACUUGA